CAUUGGGCUAAAAUGUUACAUACUAGUAUAUUUUUCUCAAUAAUAUGACAGAAGCAGCUGAAAUAGCCAUCAAAUGAUUAAUUGACAAGGCAAUUUCACCGCUACGGCACCGAUCCAUUCAUUAGAGAGAGAUUGCUCUGACUUUCUCUCUCACUCUCAGGCUUUGUGAAUUUCUUUAUCUUCGUUGUGUUCGUUGUUUAUGGUGGCGGCAUUGUUUAUAGUCGGAUCUAUUUCACCUUUGUAUCUCCAAUUCAUCGAAUGCAUGGGUGCAGUGGUUGUUUGGGGUCCGAUAGUAAAGCCGUAUUAACUUCUUCAGUUCAUCAGCCACUGAAGGAGCAGAAACAUCUAGAACAUUUAGUACAUAAAGCCAAACUAUCGGCUGAUUUCUGGACAACCAGCACACGUGACAUGGAGAACCACACUGCAGCUCAAUCACAAGGAAGCACCUCGCCAAUUAGUACAUCUACUCAGACACAGGAUGCUCAUGGCACUGCAAAUACCAACGACCAUUCCGAAUUUGUAAAUCAUGGAUUUGUUCGCUGGAACCAAAUCAGACAGCAGUGGGUUGGACAUAAAAUUCCUGAGAACCAACCAAAACAGCUGCUUGAACCCAAAUUAAGUUGGAAUGCUACCUAUGAUAGUCUACUGGGGAGCAACAAGCCAUUUCCCAAGCGUAUCCCACUUGCUGAAAUGGUAGAUUUUCUUGUGGAUGUUUGGGAGCAGGAAGGAAUGUAUGAUUAAGAUUUUGCAAGCAAAGGAUGCAGACAAAUAGUCAAGGGAGAGUAGUAGCGCUUAUCAGGAUGAUCUAAACUUGAUUUGCUUCAUGACGAAGAGAUUUUUGGACAAUGGGGUUGUUUUGUAAAUGAUAUGUGAUCUACUUGGUGUACAUUUAAACGAACAAUUGUGCUAGAAUACCGGUUCAAGUUUAUAAAAACUGAUGAUUCCUCCUGGUUGUGUUA